ACCGGUUUGAGCUUUUGUUGAAGCACUUGAAAACCUUUUUGCGAAGUUCUAGUUCUUCCGGUAGCAGGAGGACAGCAGGAUCAUUGUCUUCGAGCAGUACAAGUCGAGGAAGGCAGAAAUCUUUGUUUUCUACCUCAAUCAAGGCAUUGGUGAAGGAUCGGGAUCGUCAAGGACACCACGACGGUCGUGAUAGUAGUACCUCCAAAGGAGCGACUGAGAAGGUAGAGCAACAAGUGGAAGACGGCGCAGUUUCCUCUUCUUCCAGUAACUCCAGCUCCUCUGGCACUUCCUCCAGUAGCAAGCAAAAUGGACCUGCAGGUGGAGGAGACCAGGUCGGUAGUGUAACUUCUCCCGCGAAAACCAAUAGUUCCGACCGCCACAUAACAUCAACAUCGAACCGCGCCGUCACGGCGGGUCAUCAUCGCUACCAGGAUGGUAUAGAAAUCGAGAAUUUACUGCACGAGGCGCUGGAGCAGUUUCCGGUGUCUCACCAGCUGCUCGCGGCCCUGGAGAAGUUUUUCAUCGAGACGGACCAGGAUGAGCAACGCCGGGAGAGCCUGCACCUGGUCAUCGCACGAGACUUGAACGCUCGUGUUUCCCAUUGGGCAAUGGAGGUGGGGCCGAGGGGUGUUGAGCAGGGAGGAGCAGGAGUUGGCGAAGAAAAUAUUAACGCCAGCACGUCUACUAUCAAAUGCAAAAAUGUCUGGGUCUGGGGGAUUCCGAGAUUUGUCAUGCUAGUCUGGCAUGACUCUGAACUCUGCAUUGCGUGGCCGCGAAGAGCUCCUACUCCCUGUCAUGCAAAAACGCAGUUUCUCAUGCGGAAUACGCAACUCAGCACCAUGAAAAAAACUUGUCAUGCUUGGCAGUGCAUCACAGGGAGCUCAAUGUUCCCUUCCUUGCAUCACAAGUUUCCAGACCCAGACAUUUUUGCAAUCCAUAUCUACUUCUCGUGCACCACCACUUCUGAGAGGAUCUCCCGGAGCAGGCGCGCCGAGCAGUGCAUCGUCCUCUUCCUCCGCGCGCCCGCCCGCGAUUUCCACCGAAGUAGAGGACGACUCAGUGUCUUGCUUCUGGACACCGACUGGCCGAGGUGGGAGUAGCGUCACAAACGCUGCUGGAGCAGCAGGGUCAAUGUUCAGCAUAACGAGAAACUCGGCUGCGUUGACUACUACAUCAGUAACACCGACGACCGCGGCUUCUUCCACCGGCAUUUUUGCUAGAACACCCCAAGCACCGCGUGCCUCCGGAGCAGCCUGCUCGUCGUCCACCAGCGCGAGCACUGGCAUACGAGCUGAACACACUCUGCGUGCGACCAAGAGUUCGCCGGUGCUGCUCCAAAGGGAGGAAAGGCCGCGGAUUGAUAAUGAUAGUGCGCAGUCGUCCUCUGUCGUCCGAGAUCUGGAUUUGGAGGAGGUCGACAUCAACACUUCUUCAGACGACGAGGACAGCGAGAACCCGCUUUUCGCGUCUAGCAGCUCGGUGUUUAUUCCCGAUAAGGAGUUGAAGUCUCUCGCGAAAAAUCCGCUGUUGUCCGUUUCUUUCUCGGCGUUCAACCGCGAUACGGGUGAGGCGGAAAUCGUGCCGGAUGGGGGGACGGGAAGCAGCCGCGGGAGCGGGAGGGUGGUGAGGAGUGUGCGACGAGAGGACAGGUAGAACAGUGAUGUACUGCUGAUGCUGAAAAUAGCGAACUAUAGUACAAGAACGGAACGACUUCAUCAGCUGUGGAACACGAACGCAGAUAGUUGUAGUUCGAGAAUAAAGCCAGCACGUUCUGAAGAUGCAUCUUGUCAUGAAAGUGUAGC